AAUGUACUAAACGCUGCACAGCAGUCCUACAUCAGGAGAGCUUUUCUUCCUGAAUGGUGCAGAUGGUAUGAUCUGUGCUCUUUGUGUGGCAACAAAAAUGUGCAGCACCUACAGAGAUGAGUGAAGUGCCAGCAAUAGCGUUCCCGAAAAAUAGGGGGCAUCUCCCUGCUCACAUCUCCAGCACUUGUAGCUGUGUCUGUCAGGCAGUGUGCACAGGGUGCCCUUAUAAAUGGAUGACACUGAAGCACAUGGAGAGAAGGGAGUUAAAUCAUAGUGAUAGGAUUCACACCUGACAGCAGCACAGCUCCUGCCCUGCAGUAUGGUUCUUAGCUAUCAUGCAGCUGCCUUUCUCCCCACCUCAGAAGUAAUUUGGUGGUGAUCAAGCAGAGCUGGUUCUUGAGGUCAGAAAGUGGGAGAAAAGUGACUUCGUGCAUCAGAUAGAUGUGAUACAGACACUGGGGGGAGGUACAAGAUGGGAGGCAAAUGAGCUCACCAACUACUAGACCUAUGCCAUGAUCCUGGCAAUCUCUACAACAGCCAAACUAUUUAAAGAGAUACUACCCUAUUCUCAUAGCAUACAAGCAGGGCAGAAUGCAGAAAAAUAAAUAUUAUCCAGAGAAACCGUGUCAGAAAACAGUUUCAUGUAGUGAAUUUACUAAACUGGUUUUCAGGUUCAUGGACUUUAUAAAAAUACUUAUUUUCUCUAAGAGAAGAAUCCAUUGUUACUAACAAAAAGGAAGAAUUUCCUGAUUGUAUUUCUGUAAAAAUGUAGGAACAUAUUUAAAGUGAAAAAAGUGCAGUCUGCAGUCGCCUAGCGAGAAAAACAAACCAACUGGAAUUUAUUCCUAAUGCAGACUACAAAGGAAGAGAUUAACUCAUUCAGUGAAUUAAUUCAUACUUGAAAAUCUUGAAUUCCUGAAUGCCUAAGGAUAUCAUAGUGUAAGUCUAUUCAUCCAUCAGGUCCAACUUAAUAAAAUAUAGAUGUGCAACUAGUAUUCCACUGAGGAAAAGUUCAUUUUAUUUGACAGUGCCUUACCAUUUUAAGGGUGUGGCAGUUUUGAGCUGCAUUAAAAUGGGCAGAUGCAAACAUGCCUGAUAAUCAUAAAUAAAGCUGGAAAAAAUCAAUGCUAGUCCACUCUUAAGGGCUACAAGAUUACAUAAAAUUAAAUGUGUUGCCAGUAUUUUUACUGCUAGAUGGAUGAAAAAUACAUGCACCUACUGAGAGUUAUCUCCAUCAAGUAUUGCGUGGCCUUAGAAAAGUAGUUCUGAACGCUGACUAAAUUAGAAUAACCCUAAGAAAUUUCACAUUUUUUCUCAGGAAACUCUCAGUACCCUCAGGUCAAACCCGCUCACAAGUUUAACUCCUAACUAAGGAUUUUUCCUACCUGUCAUCUGUGUAAAUUCAACUUGAUGUCUGGCUUGUAGACUAGAUUUUUCUUCACAUUGUCAUCCAAAGUUGUUUACGUCCAAUACUUUUGAUGUUAUUAGUGAUGACGCUUUCAUGGGCCUUCCUCAUCUAGAAUAUUUGUUCAUAGAGAACAACAGCAUUAAGUCAAUUUCAAGAAAUACUUUCAGAGGACUGAAAUCUUUAAUUCACCUGAGUCUCGCAAAUAAUAAUCUCCAAUCGCUUCCAAAAGACAUAUUCAAAGGCUUGGAUUCUUUAACAAAUGUAGAUCUUAGAGGCAACGCGUUUAAUUGUGACUGCAAACUGAAAUGGCUAGUGGAGUGGCUGGGCAGCACCAAUGCAACUGUUGAAGAUAUUUACUGUGAAAGUCCACCAGAAUACAAGAAGCGCAAAAUCAAUAGCCUCUCCUCAAAAGAAUUUGAUUGCAUUAUUACAGAAUUUGAAGUUUUUCAGUCCCUGCCAUAUCAAUCUCUAUCAGUAGAUACUUUCUCAUACAUGAAUGAUGAACAUGUGGUUAUUGCACAGCCUUUCACUGGAAAAUGCAUCUUUCUUGAAUGGGACCAUGUAGAAGUGAUGUUCAGGAAUUAUGACAACAUUACAGGUACUUCAACUGUUGUGUGUAAACCUAUAGUUAUUGAGAGUCAGCUGUAUGUCAUUGUUGCACAGCUGUUUGGAGGCUCCCACAUAUAUAAAAGAGAUAUUUUUGCUAAUAAGUUCAUAAAGAUUCAAGAUAUUGAAAUCCUUAAAAUCAGAAAGCCCAAUGACAUUGAAACUUUCAGGAUUGCUGAAGACUGGUAUUUUGUUGUUGCAGACAGUUCAAAAGCCGGUUUCACCACUGUUUACAAAUGGAAUGGGAAUGGAUUUUAUUCCCAUCAGUCUCUGCACGCCUGGUACAGAGAUACUGAUGUGGAGUUUCUUGAAAUAGCCGGCAAACCGCAUUUAAUUCUGUCAAGUAGUUCCCAAAGACCUGUAAUAUAUCAAUGGAACAAAGGAACAAAUGAAUUUGUUAAGCGUUUUGAUAUCCAGGAUAUGGAAGAUGCAUAUGCGGUGAAACAUUUCAAAGUGAAAGAGGAUGUAUACAUUUGUUUAACAAGAUUUAUUGGGGACUCUAAAGUAAUGAAAUGGGGUGGUUCAGCAUUUCUGGAUUUACAAAGAAUGCCAUCCCGAGGGUCAAUGGUAUUCCAACCGCUCCAGAUACGUAAUUAUCAAUAUGCCAUUCUCGGAAGUGAUUAUUCUUUCACUCAAGUCUAUUAUUGGGAUGCUGAGAAAGCAAAAUUUGUGAAGUUUCAAGAAUUAAAUAUACAGGCACCAAGAUCUUUCAUACAUGUCUCCAUCGAUAAACGAGAUUUUCUCUUUGCUUCCAGUUUUAAGGGAACUACAUUGAUUUAUAAACAUGUCAGAGUUGACUUAAGCGCAUGACACUCAUUAAUCUGAGGUUACAUCAGACUUUCUGCCGUAAGCGGACAAAAUGAACUAAAUGCAUGAUGACUCUCUUAUCUUACUUCCAAAUGAAUGCCUUUAAAAGUUGAGAUUGCUAGAACAAAGUAUUACUAGUAUCUUCAUCUUUAAUUGUCAAGUCUAGUGAUGUUGGAAGUUGCAUUUUUUAACAAAAAGAAAUUAACUGUUCUUUGCAUCCACAGUAUGUAAAUAUGUGUGCAACUGCAUCUGUUGCUAUAAAGAAUAUUAAGAUGUACUUUUCCAUUUAUUUAUUCACCUGUUUGAAACAACUGCCAAAUAAAAUGUUUACAU